AUGCCAUCGAUCCGGCAUCCCGGGGCCCUCUUGCUUUUCGGAAGGUUAAUUGGCCAGCUGGUGUCUCCGGCGUUUAUUUCCUGGUCUGCAGCCGCAGCCCGUGCUUCUGAGCGGCACAAGGCCCGGGUCUGGCUGGAGAGCGCCAGGCGGCAACGGCUUCUGGCCUCCUGCUUCGAGAGGUGGAAGGCGAAGGUCUCGAGAGCCCAAGAGCGACGGGAGGAGGAGAGGCUGCCAAAGAGACCUGCUGGGGGCAAAGCCGUGCGGCGCUGGAGGAAAGCCGUCAGGGGCUCCCGGGCCUUGCGACGGAGCAUGGGGACCGUAGUCCAGCAGAGCAGCAACUACUGGACAAAAGCCGCCGCCUUCCACCUGUGCCUGCGGGAACGGAGCGGCCUCGUCAGAGCCCCCAAAUUCAGGAAGAUGCCCCUCUCCUGGCCGAGCAAGCAGAGAAGGAACGGAGAGGAAGGACUCCCUCCCAGCGUAGCCGUCCGUGCCAGGCUGAACGGCAGCGCUUCCCACGUCUGGCUGGUCGUCUACAGAAGCCAAAGCAGUACGGCGGGGCCUUCUCGACAGGGCCCCCCGGACAGUCCAGGCAGAGCAGAACGGCAAGCGAAACACGCCGAGAUCCGGAGCAGCAGUGCUGAAAUGGAUUCUACGAGGCGGCUCUGGAGCAAAUACCUGAGACUCUGGAGACACAACGUUCUCUUGCGCCGUUUCCGGGAGUCCUGGAGGAUACGCCACCUGGUGAGGGCGUGGCUGCUCUGGAAAGAUGCCUGCCGGACCGAGUGGGUGGUACAAGCCUUGGCGAGGCAGAGGCUGGCCCAGUGGGGCUGGAAGGCGUGGAGACGGCGUUACCUACAGACUUGGGUGGCCGAGCAUUUCCUGGAGGCCCAAGACAGGAGCCUGCUCAAGAGGGCUUUUGGAAGGUGGCGGCACCUGGCGGCAGAAGUGAACCACCAGCCCCAAGGAAGCUUUUCAGUCUCCCAGCCUCUUUCAGGCAACACAGGGGCAGAUUUAACCAAAGUACGAAGCUGGAUGCCAAAGGAUGCAGAGUCGUCCUGGUGA